AUGCGUGCGAUAGGUGAAAUUCGAGUUGACAAGGUUUCCCACGGUCUAACUCACUUGCUGUUCGAUGUGUUGUUCUUUCUCGGAUUGAGUAGAAGCAUUCGCUACGACGUAUUUCUCGGCAUAGAUCCAUGGAGUUUCGGCAGAGUACACUAUUGUGUUGUCGUCGAUCUAGCCGAAACGGUAACGAUCCGCUUCGUUUCGAUGUCCCAGGAUUUGACGGCAUUCUGA